UAAGAGGCAGCAUCACCAACGUUACAUAACAUGCUCGGUUUUGGUCGGGAAGAAGUGAAUCUGAACCAGCGGGUAUUAUCGAUCCUAGACAAAUGCAAUCACCUCAACCAUCUGAAGCAGCUCCAAGCGUUUCUCCUCACUCUCGGCCAUGGCCAAACCCACUUCUUCGCCUUCAAGCUCGUCCGCUUCUGCACGCUCGCCCUCGCCAACCUCGACUACGCCCGCUUCAUCUUCGACCACCUCAGCUCGCCCAACGUCUACCUCUACACCGCCAUGAUCACCGCCUAUUCGUCACAUUCUGAUCACAGGUCGUCUCUUCGACUGUACCGCGACAUGGUUCGUCGGGGCCGGCCUCGGCCCAACCAUUUCAUCUAUCCCCACAUCCUGAAAGCCGGCCCCGAGGUUCUGGAGUCUCGGGGCACUGAAUUGGUGCACGCCCAGAUUGUGAGGUCGGGUUUUGAGGGAUACCCUGUUGUGCAAACGGCGCUUUUGGAUUCGUACUCGAGGUUUUGUUCAGAUGUCGGAACUGCCCGAUGGCUGUUCGAUGAAAUGCGCGAGAGAAAUGUUGUGUCCUGGACGGCUAUGAUUUCCGGGUAUGCUAGAUUGGGGAAGAUGGGUAAUGCGGUGGUUCUGUUUGAUGAAAUGCCUGAGAGGGAUGUUCCGGCGUGGAAUGCUGUUAUUGCAGGGUGCACGCAGAAUGGGCUGUUUGCAGAGGCAAUUUCUCUGUUCAGGAGAAUGGUCGCCCUUGAUAAAAACAAUAAGCCGAAUCAGGUGACAGUUGUCUGUGCGCUCUCUGCGUGCGGGCACACUGGCACCCUGCAGCUUGGGAGGUGCAUCCAUGCUUACAUUUACAGGUACGGCCUUGGUUCCGAUUCGUUUAUCUCCAAUGCCCUGGUGGAUAUGUAUGGCAAAUGUGGUAGCUUGAGAGAAGCAAGACGGGUUUUUGACAAGAAUGAGAAGAGAAGCUUGACGGCAUGGAAUUCCAUGAUCAAUUGCUUCGCGCUCCACGGUCAAGGUCGGGUUGCAAUCAGUCUCUUUGAGGAAAUGAUGCAGCGUGGCGAUGAAGGAGAGCCAGAUGGGGUUACUUUUGUUGGUUUGUUGAAUGCUUGUACGCAUGGAGGAUUGGUCGACCAAGGCCAGUCUUUUUUUGAUAUGAUGACUAGGGAAUAUGGAAUUGAGCCUCAGAUUGAGCACUAUGGCUGCAUAAUAGACCUUCUUGGCCGAGCUGGAGAAUUUGAGAAGGCCAUGGAGGUGAUAAGAGUUAUGAGGAUGCCUCCCGAUGAGGUUGUUUGGGGCUCUUUGCUCAAUGGUUGUAAGAUUCAUGGCCGCGUGGAUUUGGCUGAAUUUGCUGUCAAAAAACUGAUUGAGAUUGAUCCAAAUAAUGGUGGUUAUGUUGUAAUGUUGGCAAAUGUUUAUGUUGAAUCGGGGAAGUGGGACGAGGUCAGGAAGUUGAGGAAGGCAUCGGAGGAUCAGAAUGCUCAUAAGACACCUGGUUGCAGUUGGAUUGAGGUUGAUAACCGAGUUCACCAAUUCUAUUCUGUCGAUAAAACACAUCCAAGAACAGAGGAAAUAUACACAAUUUUGGAAUGUCUGGUUGGUUUUCCUUAGUCCAUAACUGCUACAUUUUUCUCCAUGAUCAUUGAAAACUGGCACCUUGUUGUAUGUGCAGUGCAGCACAAGGAUUCUUAAAUUUGAUUUGGAUAUAUUGGAUCCUAUCUUCCAGCGCAAAUUAUAUUUCAUCAAAGCUUAAGUUGUUUGAUCUAUUGAUCUGAAGGCCAAAACUUGUCUAGGCUUAUUGAGGACUAGUAGUAGUGGAGCCAAGAUAACAUGCCCAGGUGCCCUGUCAUGUUGCAAAUGGUUUUACAUUUUGGUGAGAGGAGAAGAAGAGCAUCCAAGAAAAUGGGAAAUAUUUAUCAAUUCCUGUAAAGGGGUGCUAAAACUGUUCCCAAUUCACUCUACCAGUUCAUCCAAGUUACUCUGCUACACAUAUACUUAUGAGAUGCUGUGCCUUGGUUAUUCAAGUAUUUGUUUAUCAUUGUUGGUAUCAAUGAUUGUGGUGAUGGGGAUGGAUUUGAAGGCACUGGUGCGCAAGGUGAGGCUUGCAAACUAGUUGGUGACAAGACUAGCUGAUGUUGUUUGUUGCAUUUUUUAUGGUUUAAAGUUAGGGUUUAAAAUUUAUGAGUUUUUAAGGAAGAAGUCAACAAAUUUGAAGACUAAUGUUUCAAUAGGAGCAAGGACUUCUAUGUUGCUUGAAGAGUAUAAUUUUCCCAUUUCAGUCUCCCACUUCGCCUCAUCUGCUUGGACGUUGUGUAUAUUAUUCUAAUCGU